GAGGGACCACAGAGAGAACAUGCCUCUUCGGGGAGUUACCCCGGGGAGGUGACAGUUGGGUUGGACUGCUGCAGGAGCAGUCUGCGGAUGAGUUGGGAGCUACCUCAAGUCAUUUCGCUGUGGGGACUGGAUUGCAACGGGACCCCCUUGUUAUUACCGACUGUCUGAAACUGGUGCGUUCAACAUGCAGUGGAGGGUUACCUCGCUACCCCAGGCUGGCUGGCUGGGGUCUGAGUACUAGUGCUCACCAUGUCAGAGCGACAGCAGGAGUCCUUCCACCGGUCAUCCGCACUGAAGGGCGUAGCCCAGGACAUCAGCCAACUGAUGGAGAAGCUCGACACCAAUGAGCUCUACCUCGAAGGAGACGAGCCGGACAUUGACACGGUGAACGAGACCAGAGUGCCUGAUGGUGUCCAGAUCCCGUUCUCGGCUGUCUACCAGACCAAAGGCUUCAAGGAGCCCGAGAUCCAGGUGUACGUCCCCGGAGCCUUCAUCAAGGCGCGCGUGGUGGACGUGGAGCGAUUCACCUCCACGAAAAAGGUCCCAAGCCCUAACAUUUACACUAUCGAGCUGAAACAUGGAGAGUUCAGCUGGAAGGUCAAGAGGAAAUUCAAACACUUCCAGGAACUUCAUCGAGAACUUCUCCGCUACAAAGCCCUGCUCCGCCUGCCGAUCCCGACUCGGGGGUUCACGACGCGGAGACAGACGGUAAAGCGGGGAGAACCCCGGACCAUGCCCACCCUGCCCCGCAACUCGGAGCACAUCGUGAGGGAGGAGCAGAUCUCCAGUCGACGGAAACAACUGGAGGAUUACUUGACCAAGCUCCUGAAGAUGCCCAUGUACCGGAACUAUUACCCUAUGAUGGAAUUUAUUGGAGUCAGUCAGCUCUCCUUCGUUCACCACCUCGGACCCAAGGGCCUGGAAGGUUUUGUGAUGAAACGUUCUGGGGGACACAGAAUUCCAGGCCUCAACUGCUGUGGGAGCAACCAAGCCUGUUACCGCUGGUCCAAAAGGUGGCUGGCGGUGAAGGACUCCUUUGUCCUGUACAUGCGGCCGGACUCGGGCGCCGUCGCCUUCGUUCUGCUCGUGGACAAAGAAUUCAGCGUCAAGUUGGGCAUCAAGGACACGGAGACGAAAUACGGCAUCAGAAUCGAGAACCUGUCCAGAACCCUGAUCAUCAAAUGCAACAGUUACCGCCAUGCCCGCUGGUGGGGUCAGGAGAUCGAGGAGUUCAUUCACGAGCACGCUGCCGUCUUCCUGAAGGACCAACGCUUCACAUCCUUCGCUUCUGUGGACGAAGGAAUUCUGUCCAAAUGGUAUGUCAAUGCCAAAAACUACUUCGAGGACGUGGCAGAUGCCCUGGAAAAUGCCCAGGAAGAAAUAUUCAUCACAGACUGGUGGUUGAGUCCGGAAAUCUUUCUCAAGAGGCCGGUGAUGGAAGGGAAUCAUUGGAGGCUGGACUAUAUCCUCAAACGCAAAGCGCACCAAGGGGUGAAGGUCUUUGUGAUGCUCUACAAGGAGGUGGAGCUCGCCCUGGGCAUCAACAGCGAGUACAGCAAGAGGACUCUGAUGCGCCUUCACCCCAACAUUAAGGUGAUGAGGCACCCAGACCACGUGUCCUCCACUGUUUACCUGUGGGCGCACCAUGAGAAGCUGGUGGUCAUCGACCAAUCGGUGGCCUUCGUUGGGGGCAUUGACUUGGCGUACGGGAGGUGGGAUGACAACGAACACCGGCUGACGGACGUGGGCAGUGUGACAAGGAACAUGAACUCAUCGUCCGUCACAACCACCAACCCAGUGCAGUCAGUGUCCGUGCCUGGCGAGGAAGGAGCUCUGGGGGCGGAGGCCCAGGCGAACUCAGCGAAGAUCACCCUGGACAGGAGCGACGGGGAGGACGAGUUGGCCAGGAUGAAGGGUGUGGGCAAGUCGAGGAGGACCUUCAACCUGGUGAAGCGGCUGCAGAGGCAGAACCUGGAGCCCAGCAGCAGUGUGAGCAGCGUGGACAGUUGCGACCAUGAUUGGUUUAACAGCAAGCAGAACUUGUUGAGGGAUAGGUUGCCCCACCUGAAGAGAUCGCGCCACCGGUCCAGCGACUCCGAGCUCCCGCAGUCGGAAGACGAAAGAGGCUCAGUGCACAGUCUCCACACCAGUGUGGGAGAGCUGGUUGGACAGACCAGGUUCUGGCACGGGAAGGACUACUGCAACUUUGUCUACAAGGACUGGGUCCAGCUGGACAAACCCUUCGAUGACUUCAUCGACCGCUACACCACUCCCAGGAUGCCUUGGCACGAUAUCGCAGCGGUGGUCCAUGGGAAAGCUGCCAGGAAUGUGGCCCGUCACUUCAUCCAGCGCUGGAACUUCACCAAGAUCGUCAAAGCAAAGUACCGGCCAGUGUCCUACCCAUACCUCCUGCCCAAGAGCAUCUCCACAGCGAACGAGUUACCUUACCAGGUGCCGGGAUCGGCCCCAGCGCGAGUCCAGGUGCUGAGAUCGGCUGCCGACUGGUCAUGUGGGAUUAAAUAUCAUGAAGAAUCCAUUCACAAAGCUUAUGUUAACGUGAUUCAAAACAGCAAACACUACAUCUACAUAGAGAACCAGUUCUUCAUCAGCUGUGCUGACAAUAAGUACGUCUUCAACGGGAUUGGGGAUGCCAUUGUAGAUCGGAUACUGAAAGCCUACAGGGAGAAGCAGCGGUUCCGUGUCUACCUGGUGACUCCCCUCAUGCCGGGAUUUGAGGGGGACAUUAAGACAGGAGGAGGGGCGGCGAUUCAGGCUGUGAUGCACUUCAACUACAGGACGAUCGCAAGAGGAGAGUACUCCAUCAUCGAGCGUCUCCGGAGAGAGAUGGAGGACAUGUGGAUGAAUUACUUCUCGGUGUGCGGACUGCGGACUCACGCCGAGCUGGAUGGGAAGCUUGUGACGGAACUCAUCUAUGUCCACAGCAAGCUGCUGAUUGCAGAUGAUGAGACAGUCAUCAUCGGCUCAGCUAAUGUCAACGACCGAAGUAUGCUGGGGAAGAGAGACAGCGAAAUGGCGGUGAUCGUGGAGGACACGACUCGUGUCCCCUCGGUGAUGGACGGGGUCGAGUACCAGGCCGGGGAAUUCGCUCUCCACCUCAGGCUCCACUGCUUCAAGCUCAUCCUGGGGGGUUUCAACGACCCUAGCAUUGACGUACAGGAUCCGAUCAGCGAAAAGUUCUUCAAAGAAGUUUGGAUUCCCACCAGCGCGAGGAAUGCGACGAUAUAUGAAAAGGUCUUCAGAUGUCUUCCCUCGGACCACGUGAAGAACAAUGGUGACCUGGUAGCCUUCAACGCCAAGCUGGGUCUGAAUAUUGAAGAUCCGGCCAAAGCUGUGGAAGAGCUGAAGAAAAUCCGUGGCUUCCUCGUCCAAUUCCCGUUCUACUUCCUGUCCGAGGAAAACCUGCUCCCGGCACUGAGCACAAAAGAGCGGAUGGUGCCGAUAGAAGUAUGGACAUGAAAGGGCAGAGAGUGCAAUGAAGGGAAGAGGCUGAACCAGCUGGCCAUCCUGGUCAAGGUAUCUACCAGGGACCAGGCAUUCAAUAGACAAGGCCAGAGGUAGACCUGGCAGGUUCACCGUGAACUAACACACAAAAAACUCAGGAUGCCCAACCUUAAGAAACAACAAUACGUGACAAAUGGGCUCCAUCAACUUGGAGAGACCUCUCAGGAGAAUUUCUGAUUUUCCUUCCCAGUGGGUUAAUCAGGCGAUGACCACCUCCAAGAUCCCAGCACAAAUACUCUUUAUUCUCUGGGUGUAAUUUGUGUUUUUAUAUUGGUGUGUGUUUAGCUGCUGGGAUGUGGAAGGGGGUAAUGUACAUUAAUAUCGUAUCCUCCUAGUUCAACAUAUCAAGCACAACAUCUAUCUUCCUCUGCCCUCCCGUAGAAAAGACCCUAAGCUCAUACUCCUGGUCCCCCCACCAACCACCCCUCCAAACCUCCUCACAGGAAGCAGAGGAGACCAGUCAGCCCCUCAAGUAUGAUAUCAUGGCUGAUCUGUGGUCUCGCUCAUUGACCCCCACCUCCCCCCAAUCUCAGAUUUAGAAUUAACAAUAGACGCAACGUAAGUUGCUGUUGGGGAAGAGAGUUCCCAGUUUCUGUCACCCUCAGUGAAAGUGUUUCCCUCCUUCCCAGCCCCUUGUCCCAGACUCCACAACCAUUGGAGACAUUAGUUGCUCUUCACACCUCUCCUUUUAAAGUCCAUGAGAUAACCUAAAGCUGAAAAUACCCACCCGGUCAAGCAGCAUCCGUAAAGAGAGGGUUUAGCUCAAUGUUAGAGAGAGAAAACAAGUUCAUUUUAAGUUGCAGAGAAAGGGUGAAGGGAGCCGUGAGUGGGACAAAGGAAAUAUCUCUGAUAGGGGUGAGGCCAAGGUUGCCACAGGGGUAAGUUCUCGAGACCAUCCAGUUGUUGGGUUACUGAGGGAAGUUGGAGAAAAAGUGAAUAAAAGCUGAGACAAGAGCAGGUGAGAAUACAGAUGUUUAUCGGCAUCUUCGACCUUAAUUCUGUUUCUCUCUCUGCAGACGCUGCCUGACCUGCUGAAUGUUUGCAGAACUUUGAUUUUUAUCUCAGAUUUCCAGCAUCUGCAGAUCUUUGAACAUGCAACCUCUGCCCUGCCAUCCAGGUUUCAUUCUGAAUACUCAAUGCUGCCCUCACCCCAGGACCUGCCCACUCCUUCCCCUGUCCUCUCCCUGUGGAAUGUCCUCCUAAUUCCCAGCAGGAGCAGGCGGUCCACAGAGAGACCAGGAACUUACCUAAAUCUCCCCAUCAGAGGUUCCAUCGAGCACAAAUUAAGGGAAUGCCUUCCUUGUCUACAAGAAUCCCACUUCUUUUCAGAGGGCAUCCACCCCAUUAUUCCCAAACCUUGGUCCCGCUGAAGUUUGUCACCUAACCCCACCAGUUAGGUCCAAAUGAGGGACAGUUUUAUUUCUGAGUAUUCUGUAAAGGCAAAGUAUGGUAAUAGUCUGUGAAACUGCUAAAUUGUUGUAACCGCCAUCUACUGCUUUAGGGAAGGGAAUCCGCCGACCUGAACUGCUCUGGACUGUAGGUGAUUCCAGACCCACUGAUGUGACUGACUCUUUGGCUCAGCAAGUUGCUCUUCUGAGGUGGAGACUAGAUCUGCCUGACCCGAGUAGAUCUUACAUAGAACAUGGAACAGUACAGCACAGGAACAGGCCCUUUGGCUCACAAUGUUGUGCUGAACCAAUUACAUUUGUAAUAACAUACCCAACUAAACUAAUCCCUUCUGCCUGCACAAUGUCCACAUCCUACCAUUUCCCUCACAUUCAUGGGCCUAUCUAAGAGCCUCUUAAUGCCCCUAUCGUAGCUACCUCCACCCCCACCCCAGGCAGCACAUUCCAGGCACCCACCGCUCUCUGUGUAAAAAAAACUUGCCCCGCACAUCUCCUUUGAACUUACCCCCUUUCAGCUUAAAUGCACGCCCUCUGGUAUUAGACAUUUCCACCCUGGAAAAAAGAUACCGGUUGUCUACUCUGUCUAUGCCUCUCAUAAUCUUAUUAACCUCUAUCAAAUCUCCCCUCAGCCUCCACCGCUCCAGAGAGAACAACCCAAGUUUGUCCAACCUCUCCUCAUAGCAUGUGCCGUCUAAUCCAGGCAGCAUCCUGCUGAACCUCUUCUGCACCCUCUCCAAAGCCUCCACAUCCUUCCUGUAAUGGGGCGACCAGAACUGAAUGCAAUACUCCAGAUGCAGCCUAACUAAAGUUUUAUAAAGCUGAACAUAACUUCCUGACUCUUGAACUCAGUGCCUCGACUAAUGAAGGCAAGCAUGCUGUACGCCUUCUUUACCGCCCUGUCAACCUGUGUAGCUACUUUCAGGGAGAUAUGGACCUCGACCCCAAGAUCCCUCUGCUCAUCAACACUGUUAAGGGUCCUGCUGUUAACAGUGUCCUUUCUCUUUACAUGUGGUCUCUCAAGGUGCAACACAUUUGGCCGGGUUGAACUCCAUCUGCCAUUUCUCCGCCCAUAUCUGCAACUGAUCUGUGUCUCGCUGUAUCCUUUGCCAGUCUUCUACACUAUCCACACCACCACCAAUCUUCAUAUCAUCUGAAAACUUCGUAACCCAUGUACAUUUUCAUCCAGGCCAUUCACAUAAAUCACAAACAGCAGAGGUCCCAGUACAGAUCCCUGUGGAACACCACUAGUCGCAGCCAGAAUAAGUCCCAUCGACCACUACCUUCUACGGGCAAGCCAGUUCUGAAUCCAAACGGCCAAUUCACCGUGGAUCCCAUUCAUCUUAAUCUUCCCUAAACAGUGAUGUCUGCAUCCCAUCAGUAAGUCAUAGAAACAAACAAUGUCCAAGGUUAAGGGCAGCCGGUGAACAAACGUUCACCGCAAACAACGGAGACACCGGAGACUGCAGACGCUGGAAUCUGGAGCAACACACAAAACGUCAGAGGAACUCGGCGGGUCAGGCAGCAUCUGCGGAGGGGAAAGGACAGUGGUUCUCACUCGUGGUGUCCCGUCGGGAGCAGUGGGUAUUUAAGACCAGGGGUGGGUGAAACUUCUGUAACUCCCUGAUUAAUGCCAAUCAAUGGCCUUUGAUGCUGUUCCCAUGCUAGUUGGGUUUCCCAAACCCCACUCUUUGCCUGUCAUAGAACAUGGAACAGUACAGCACAGGAACAGGCCCUUCAGCCCACAAUUUCUGUACCAACCAUAAUGCCAAUUUUAACUGCACAUAGAACACAGAACAGUACAGCACAGGACAGGCCAUUCGGCCCAUAAUGUUGUGCCAACCUUGAUGCCGAUUUAUACUAAGUGUCCUCCUGUGUAUCAUCCACAUCCCUCCAUUCCCUUCACAUUCAUGUGGCUCUCUAAAAACUUCAAACCCCACCAAGCUGCCUGCUUCCACUACUCCCCCUGGUAACCCAUUCCAGGCACCCACCACUCUCAGCGGAAAAAAUCUUGCCCCUCACGUCACCUUUAAACUUCCCCCCUCUAACCUUAAAAGCAUGUCCUGCCUGUACAUUAGACCAUAAGAUACAGGAGCAGAAUUAGGCCAUUCAGCCUAUCGAGUCUGAUCUGCCAUCCGAUCAGGGCUGAUUUUUUUUCUCCCUUGAGUGAAGACGGGCACAUGGGUCCAUAUCCACCAUGCUUGUCCCAAUACCUCUUAAAUGUUGCUAUUGUGCCUGCAUUCACCACCACCCCUGACAACACAUUCAAGGCAGCCACCACUCUCUGUGUAUAAAAAAAACUUGACCACACAUCUCCUUUAAAUCUCCUUCAGUUUGUUGACAUUAAGCUCAACACGUGUGUGUAUGUGGGGACAGGGGGAGUGGGAGGGAGAAUGGGAAAACCACCAUUAUGCCAUCUCUCCGACUUCGGGAGUAAGCUAGGACAAGCUUAAGUUUCAACAGUUCCUGUCCAAGGCUGACUUUGGGGAUUGAGAGGGACUUGUUUCCACUUCUGAGGUAGCUGAUGAGGCCAGUGUGGGACCUGCAGACCUGUCCACAGAUGGAGCAGGAGGGGCUUGAAGAGCAGCCUCAUCGUUUGUGAGAUGGUCCACUCCCACUGCCGCUGACAUAGGACCUCUGUGUGGUCCCGACGCACAGACUCAAGGUUCUCAAUCCCAUCCUGACUGCUCCUCCUCCACUUCGAGUGCUCAUGGGCCAGACAUUCCCAAGAGGCAGGAGGAAUGUCACAACGAUGUGGGCCACCCAAAAAAAGCCUCAGGUUACAGGGCAAGAGAUCUCAGACCCAGAUGAGGAGAAAUGUUUUCACUCGAAGGGAGGAGGACCUGGGGAAUUGGAGACAGAUGCUGGGAUCUGGAGCAACAAGUCAUCUGCUGGAGGAACUCAGCAGGUUGAGCAGUGCCUGCAGGGGAAAGGACUUGUCGACAUUUCAGGUCAAACCUUGCAUCAGGACUGAAGGUCCCUGAAACGUCAACCAUUGCUUUCCUCCUGCAGAUGCUGCUGGACCCGCUGAGUUCCUCCAGCAGGUUGUUUGUUAGAAGUCACUACCCACAGAGGCAAGACACUGGAUAUAUUUAAGGACAGGUUUCUCGAAACAAAAGGCGUGAAGGGGUUAGGAGGGAGAGUGGGAAUAUGGUUACUGUGAGAGAGGGUCAGCCAUGAUUGCAUUGAAUGGUGGGGUAGUCUCGAAGGGCAGAAUGGUCUAGUCCAGCUUCUAUUUUCAAUGUUUCUCUCUGUAACUUUGGAGAACUUUGCAGAGAUGGUGUUGGUGGUAUUUUCCCAGUAUUUUGACCAUAAGGUAUAGGAGCAGAAUUGGGCCAUUCGGCCCAUCGUGUCUGCUCCGCCAUUCAAUCAUGGCUGACUUUUUUAAUCCUAUUUUCCCGCCCUCUCCCCGUAACCCUUAACCCCCCCUUACCAGUCAAGAACCUAUCAAUCUUGGCCUUAAAUGCACCCAAUGACUUGGCCUCCACAGCCCUCUGUGGCAACGAAUUCCACAGAUUCACCACCCUCUGGCUGAAGAAAUUCCUCCCCAUCUCAGUUGUAAAGAGACGCCCCUUUCUUCUGAGGCUGUGCCCUCGGAUGCUGGACUCUCCCACUGAUGGAAUCGUGAAACUUUGAGACACAUUCUGUCGAGGCCUCUGGAAUCCUUCAGCGGGCAGGGAACACUGCUGCUUGGUAGAUCAGGAGUUGUGUACUGGGUCUGAGGACUCCACCUCUUCACUCCAACCUGCAAGUGACACUGCGGGCUCCCUGGUCCUAGACUGCCCCCUGGUAGUGCCAAUGAUUGCCCCAAUGUUGGGUGCAGCUGAGGCUGGCAAACUUGGUGCUCAGUGCCUGCUUCAGACAUGUUCAGCAGGUGAAAACCAGCAACUUCUCCCACCUCACUGGAACUUCCAGGGCAGUCCCGCUGCCAGUUCUUGGGAUAGGAAAGGUUUAGAGGGAUAUGGGCCAAACGCGGGCAAAUGGGACCAGCUUAGGUGGGCCUGGACGAGCUGGGCUGUGCUGUAUUACUCUGUGACUCAGGGGAGUGCCAGCCUGCGACGUUAAACCUUGCAGACCAACCUUAAAGGCCAAGGGAGACACAAGAAAGACGGCAGACACUGGGAUCUGGAGCCACAAAGCAAUCUGCUGGAGGAACAGUGGGUCGAGCGUCUGUGGGGAGGGAGGGAACUGUCGACAUUUCGGGUCCGAACCUUGCAUCAGGACUGAGAGGGGAGAGGGCUGGUAUAAAGAGAAGUGGCGAGAAAGGAUGCAGAGGGUAUUAGGGCCUGUCUUCUCCUCUUUAUAGUGGCCGUUCUCCCCUCCCCUCCUCUACUGUCAGUCCUGAUGCAGGGUUUCGACCCGAAACGUCGACACUUCCUUCCCUCCCGCUGAGUUCUUCCAGAAGAUUGUUUGUGCUCUUGUUGAAGAGCCAGGGCCCUUGCUUUGCAGAAGAGGAGAGGGUUUUGUCAAGGAGGCAGGUUUUGGAGGGGGGGGAGUUAAAGGAGGGAGGGGUGGCUCGGUGAGGGAAUUCUGGAGCUCGGGGCCCAGGCAGCUGAAGGCACGGUCCCCGGCAUAGAACGAUGGGAAUGGGCUGGACUAGGAGAAGGAAGGGGCCAGUGAAUCGGAUGUAGGAUAACAGAGAUAGAAUUCCCUCAGUGCCAGGGGCUGCCGGUUCAGAGAGCACCUCACACUCUGUCCCCCCCAAAUCCUUCUCCCACAUCUGGUCGUCAUGUUCAGUGAGCAGUGAUGGAUCUGUGAGCACAGGGUCUUCUCCUAGUUACUGGAGGGGGUCUUGAGGUGAGCGGGAACUGCGUGUAGCAGGGCCCAGACAAUGCACAGGGAGUGGGUGUGGAGAGUGAGGUGGCCACAGGGAGAUUCCUACCUCCCCACACUACCCCCGCUCUGCACACCAGCUCCCUCUGUACCCGUUACUGAGAGCUCUCCUCAUAUCCUGAUGUUCUUCUAAUCAUAAUCUGGGUUAUUUAAUUAAUAUCUCCCCAUAACACUCAUAAUUUGAGAUGGUGGACGUGGAAAAACUCCAUUCGGACAGCGCCUGAGGUCAGGAUUGAACCUGGAUCCUUGGGGCUAUGAGGCAGCGUCUCUACCACCUGUGUCACCGCGCUGUCCAAGUGUAACUGUACACCAUUCGUGUAAUGGUUUGUUGGCCAAGUACCACAACACCAGUGUAAUUGCCCUGUACUGGGGUAAUUGUGUACCAUUGGUGCCAUUGUGACGCCUGGUAUAACUGUGCACCAUCUGUGUAACUGUGCACGACUGGUUUAAUGAUGCUGUUGUGGUGUAAUUGUGAACCAUCUGUGCAACUGUGCAUUACUGGUGUGAUAAUGCUGUAUUGGUGUUAUUGUGCACUACUGUGUAAUUGUGAACCAUCUGUGUAACUGUGCACUCCUGAUUAUAACUGUGCACCACUGGUACAGUUACACCAGCUGUACGAUAGUGCAGGUGCCGUACCUGUGCACGGUUUAACCCCAGAUGUGAGCCAUGCACAGCGUAGCCACGUGAGGAAGUGUCGGCCGGUGCGGCUGGCACCGGGUCUGUGCCAGGGCACCGUUCCUUCCGCCAGCUAGUCCCACCAAACGUGCCCCAGCUGGACCGCCCACCAGAUUUAACCCCUCAAGGACUGCAAUGGGACCUUGUACCACACCAAGGGGAGGUCGCUGGUGAGAAGGUGAACGGUUGUUACCACCGGAGGCUUCCUGGGCCAAACCGUCAACAAUCAAAAGUGUACAAAGCAGCAGCUAAAGUCAUGUAAACAACAUUAAUUAAUUAAAUGAUAUUUAAUUCAUAAUA